GGCUGCUGUUAGGGACAGGGCAGGGAGGUGGGAAGGGGAAUGAGCUGCCGGAGAGAGUCUUGUCUCUGAUGAAGGCCCCAUCCAGAGCCAGAUGGCGGUGAGUGACUUUAGUUUGACCUACCCUGGCAACCCCCAGCCAGGGGACUUGAUUGAAGUGUUUCGUCCUGGCUAUCAGCACUGGGCCCUGUACUUGGGUGAUGGUUACGUUAUCAACUUAACACCGCUGGAGGGUGGCAUUCCUGCAUCAUUUACAAGCGCCAAGUCUGUAUUCAGCAGAAAGGCCCUGGUGAAGAUGCAGCUCUUGAAGGAUGUUGCAGGCAAUGACACAUAUAGAAUAAACAAUAAAUAUGAUGAAACAUACCCCCCUCUCCCCAUGGAAGAAGUCAUGCAACGGUCAGAGUUUGUUAUUGGACAGGAGGUGGAGUAUGACGUACUGGUCAACAACUGUGAGCAUUUUGUGACUUUGCUUCGCUAUGGAGAAGGAGUUUCAGAGCAGGCCAACAGAGCAAUAAGCACCAUUGGGUUAGUGACAGCUGCUGCUGGAGCCUUCUCAUUCCUGGGCUUGUUUUCAAAAAGACAAAGAGCGAAAUACUAUUAACAAUUUACUGAAGAGAUAUUGGGACUGAAGAAAUCUGUGAGGCGAGGGUGGGGGAAGGGGAGGAAACACCCUGGGAUAAAUACUUAUUUUCAAUGCAUCAUUAUUGUUUCAAACUCCAAUGAUGGAUGGCGGGCUCUUUAAUAAAUUGCGUACUGAUAUUAUCUCAUC